GCAUAGUUAGAUUGUGUGGUAUUUUAAAAUAAUGUAUAACUGAAUACUGCAAUAAAGGCCUAUUAUAAAAAAACUGUGCCACUGUUACAGUGUAAGAAUCAUGCAGUGGAAAUUUCUUUUCUCAUUAUUUUCUUUCGCUGUGCUUGGACUGUAAGAUAUAUGGUAAAGUGGAUCCUUUUGUUGAUGUUACAUACCAAUAGUUAUAUCUCAGAACAAAAAAAUCUAGAUUAUUGGACUUAUUGGUUACUAUUUCGCGGUCUUCCUUUGCCUGCGUCCGUGAGUAAGAAAUGUCUCACAAAGAGAAAUGAAUGAAAAAGUAAUCUACAUCCGUCCAACACAAUAGGCUGCGGAGUGUCCGGUAACAUCCGGUUAUAAAGCGACAGAAAACAGAGCGACCAAAUUAACCGUGAAGAAGCAGGUACAAAAAAGUUAUGUUUCAACGAGCCCCUGUUGAAAUAGAGGUAGUCACUUCCUGAUUGAUGGCUAUUGCUUUUUUAAAAGCAGCAAAAAUAUUGUCUGGAGGGUAAAAAUAAUGCCUCUAGCUGGUUACUGAUGUCAAGUCCAAUAUAGGACCAUCCAAGGAACGCAGUGAUCGCUUUAACCGAAAGGUUGAAUCCAAUCGAAGAUCAGCUUUGGGGAGGAUAUGAUUCACGCCAGUGUUAUGCCAACGCACUGACACUAUAAAUAAGACGUCAAAUCAAUAAAGCUAAAUAUAAAAUCAAAAUACUGUGAAUCCGACGUAUGUGAAUGACCGUAGCAAAAUGUCGAACAAGGAGUUGGAAGCGAUAGAAAAAAAAGGUGAAAAAACGGCGAGUGAAAAUGGCAGUACUGUUGAAUUGAAGCGUGAGCUAGGUCUUUUUUCUGCUGUCAAUCUUAUACUCGGUGUGAUGAUUGGCUCGGGAAUAUUCGUGUCACCGGCAUCAGCAUUAGAACAUUCCGGUUCUGUUGCAUUAUGCCUCAUUGUUUGGACGGUUUCCGGAAUUAUAUCCUUAUUAGGAGCAUUAUCAUUCGCAGAAUUAGGUACAGUUCUUGGUAAAUCGGGUGCUGAAUAUUCAUAUUUCCAAGAAGCUUUUGGAAAAAGACACAAAUAUUGGGGUCCAUUGCCGUCGUUUAUUUGUGCUUGGAUAUACGUAGUAAUAUUGAGACCAGCAGAAGUGGCCAUAAUAGUUAUGACUUUUGCUGAAUAUGCCAUACAGCCGUUUACUUCAGAAUUACACCCUGACUAUAAGGGAGUUGUCAUUAAGCUGGGAUCUCUUGCAGCUUUAUUUAUAAUGACGUACAUAAACAUCACAAGUGUGAAGCUGUUUGUGAAAGUGCAGAAUAUAUUUGGAGUUUGCAAAGUAUUUGCUUGUCUUAUUGUCAUCGGCGGUGGGAUAUAUGAAAUAGCUAAAGGCAACACUGAGAACCUCAGUAAAGGCUUCGAGGGUAGCACGAACAGCGCGGGCGGCAUAGCGCUCGCACUAUACUCAGGUUUAUGGGCCUAUGAUGGUUGGAACAGCGUCACUGUUGUCACAGAGGAGAUCAUAAACCCUGGCGUCAACGUUCCUCUCAGCAUAUCGAUCGCCGUGCCCCUUAUCACGGGGCUGUAUGUGUUCAUGAACGUGGCCUACAUGACAGUGUUGAGUUACUCCGAGAUGAUCUCAGUACCAGCAGUAGCGGUCGCCUUCGGUGCUAGAGUAUUGGGACCUUUCAGCUUCAUUAUACCACUCGGUGUUGCCAUUGCAACCUUCGGAUGCGCCAUGAGUGUGCAGUUUGGUGUUACCAGAGUAUGCUACACGGCUGCUAGAGGAGGUCAUAUGUUAGAGGUUUUCUCGUUCGUCAAUAUGAAGCGACUGACGCCAGCACCAGCCGUGGCACUUCAGGCCUUUCUAACAUCCAUAUUCAUAUCCGUGGGUAACAUAAAGACUCUCAUAGACUUCGCUAGUUGGUUUCUCUGGUUCUUCUACGGCCUGGCGAUGGUCGCGUUGUUGGUGCUGAGGAAGACGAAGCGGGACACCCCCAGACCCUACCGCGUGCCCACACUAGUCCCCUGCUUCGUAUUACUGGUGGCGAUAUUCUUGUCCAUACUACCGAUAGUGCACGACCCCUCAGUCAAAUAUUUAAUGGCUAUCGGGUUCAUGGCUCUGGGCGUUGUUGUAUACACCGUGUUCGUGUAUUAUAAGAAAACGCCAACAAAGUUACUUAAUAAAUUCACAUUCCUGACGCAAGUGCUCUUCGAGAGUGUGCCGCCUAGCAACCAUGAAGACUGAUUUUAUUAUACAAAUUGUACAUACUACAUAGAUUAUAAGUAACAAUGCAGAUUAUAUUAUUACAAAUUAUAUAUAUUUCCUUA